AUUAUUUUUCAUUAUUUCGUUAGCUGGCAUCGGUGCCGAGAAGUCAGAUUGCUGGGCCCAAAGUUUUCAAAAAUCUUCACUUGCUGAUAUUUUUAGAAAAUUUUGAAAGCAGAAAGACUAGGCAGUCUGGGAAUGGACUCCUGAAUAGAUGAUCACAGACCGAACAGGAGGAUAAUCCCAAUAGGAGGUGAAGCAUUUGCAUAAGAUUCGAUUGAGUGCACUGGCGAAAUGUGUUCCACCUCGGUGCUGUGUCCGCUCUGCGCGGUGCCCAGUUUCGGCAGUAUUGACGCACUGCAGCAGAGGCUGAUCAAGGCGGCCAACGGCCCACUGGCCUGUCCCUUUGCCAACUGCAAGGAGCUCUUCCUGGGGCUGGACAAGCUCACCAUCCACCUGUUCUCGCACACAAGUCUGAUGGCUCAGGAGGGAAACGAGAGUCCAGCGAAUGGCCAACCCGCCUCGUCCCGGGGCUUCCUUGCCGCAGCUCCUCCCAAACGGAGGGCCAAGCGAACCAGGUCCAAGCCCGUCGUCCCAACCCCACCGCCUGUGCGGACCACCCCGCCCGCCCACUGCGACAUUUGCGAGUUCAGUUUCCGGAAUACCGAGCUGAGGGACAUGCACGUCCGCUUAGUCCACGAAAAUGCGGAGGGAGAACCCAAGCAAAAGGAACCCCAACAGAAGGAACCGGACCAGGAGCCCUACAAGUGCCAUCUCUGCUCCAAGACGUUCCGAAUGAAGGGCUCCCUUCGAAUCCACCUGAAAGUAGUGCACAUGAUGGGCGUGCCCUGCUCCAAUCCCAAUCCAAAUCCUAAUCCCAGUCCUACACCCGCUUCUACCACCAGUGCAGUUACUGCCACGCCCAAGCUGAGCAUUUGCGAUCGCAUUCGACACACAGAGCCUGGAGCCCUUGGCAACGGAAAUAACUCCACGUGCACCGCAUCCCAGCCAUACGCGCUGAGUGGGGCGCUGAGCAUGCUCCAGCAGUCCCCCAGUUCGCCGGAGUCGGGCACGGCCACCCCGAAGCUGUGGGAGUGCGAUGUGUGCAGCAAGUCCUUCACCACCAAGUACUUUCUGAAGAAGCACAAGCGGCUCCACACCGGCGAGAUGCCGUACACAUGCGAGAUCUGCGCCAGGACCUUCACCUUCCAGCAGUCGUACCACAAGCAUUUGCUCUACCACAGCGAGGUAAAGCCCCAUGUCUGCGGGGUUUGUGGACGCGCCUUCAAGGAACUGUCUACGCUGCAUAACCACCAGAGGAUUCACAGCGGCGAAAAGCCCUUCAAGUGCGAAGUCUGCGGCAAGUGUUUCCGGCAGCGAGUCUCUUUCCUUGUCCACACGCGCAUCCACACGGGAGUGAUGCCCUACAAGUGCGAGCUCUGCCAAAAGACGUUCAGGUACAAGGUCAGUCAAAGGACCCAUCGAUGUCCCACCGAGGAGGCCCAGACACCGGAGCAGCUGAUAAAGGCGUUCCUGGAGGGCAACGACUCGCAUACUCAGCCUUCACCAGCGAGCGCCGAAAUAGCUGCCAUCAACAGCAGCUCCAUUGUGGAUCCUGAGCAGGAGGCACUGCUUUCGCAGUCAAUCGACGACAUUGUCGUUGAGCAGUGCCAAAAGCUGGGCAUCUGUGGUGUGGAGCCGCGGGAGGAGGGACAGCUCAUAUCCCUACAGCCGGUUGCGGUGGUACACUUCAGCGGGAAUGGCUCUCCGCUGCAGCAACUCCAGAACUUGAGAAUCUACUCACCGCAACAAACAGAGCUACCUAGUUCCGAUGGCGAAGUCUUCCAGCGCUUUUUGAUGGACGCCACGUAGUUGGAACGAAGAUGCAUAUAUCCACUUAAUUUAUACCCUUUUAUAUCAUUUUACAUUGUUUGCACUUCCCCAAAGGCGAUCUAAUCAAUUCCUAAGCACCCCCUAAGAAAAACGUCUUAAUUACAUCUUCUUAUGAGGAUAUUAUUUGAAUCUUAGUUGUUUUAUCUCAGCCAAGUGUAAAUCGACUAGGACCCGACUUGUUUGCAAUACAACAACAACAUCUAAUAUAAAUUAUGUUAAACUGCCGAUUUUAUUUAAAACUAUUCUGGGCAACGAACCCGAGCGCUGAGUUGAGGCGAAAAUGAUAUUAAAUCGAGUUAGUUCAGUUUUC